AUGGCGAAUGUAUCAAACACCGCGACCACACAGCGGGUGACGGGUGCCGCGGCCAUCCUGCACGCGCUGGAAGCAGCAGGAAUUACGCAUCUCUUCGUGAACCUGGGCUCAGACCACCCAGCGUUCCUCUCCGCGUUCGCGAGCAAGCAAUUCUCCAAGAUUCAGAUUUUCACCUCUCCCAAUGAGAUGAAUGCCCUCUCCGCAGCGUCUGGGUUUGCCCAGAUUACGGGAAAGCCAGCGGCCGUCCUCGUGCACGUCGAGUAUAUUCACUGGAUCCAAGAUGUUCCAGACCAGAGAGCCAUCGUCCGCCAAUAUAUGCGGUACGAACACGAGAUCAGAAGGCCACACAAUGCGGUCCAGCUCGUUCUGCGGGCAAUGCAAUUCGUCAUGUCGGAACCUCAGGGCCCGGCGUAUCUGAUUGCCAGUCGAGAGACACUCGAAGAAGAAGUUGAGCUCGCUCUCGAAGCGCCGCCGUCGCAAAAUCCCGCCAAGAACACCAUCCUAGAACCACAGGGGCUAAGCCCUGCGUCACUUCAGCUUCUGGGCACCACGCUCCUCAAAGCAAAGCACCCGUUAAUCGUGACCAGCUAUCUAGGACGGUCAAAGGCAGGAUUCGAAGCGUUGAAGGCGUUAGCCGAGCUUCUCGCCAUCCCAGUCCACGAGAAUGCACCCAUCUAUAACAACUUCCCGACAACCUCUUACCUUCACCAGGGCCAUCAGUGGAAUGGUGGAGGCCAGCUACCAGCGUUGGCGGAAGCUGAUGUAGUUCUAGUCAUUGACGCUGACGUCCCCUGGAUACCGGCUCAAUCGAAGCCGAACCCCAGCGCAUUGAUAUAUCAUUUGGAUUGUGACCCGUUGAAGGAGUCUACGACUUUAUGGUCGCUUCCAUGUGAGAAGCGCUGGAAGGUUGACUCAGCCGUCGCCCUUCAAGAACUCGUCGACACGGUCCAGCAACAUUCUCUUUUCGGAAGCAAGGAGACAAAUGCAAUCAUUAAAACACGUCAAGCUCAUCUCAAGGACCGGUUCAAAGCAAGGCAGACCAGGCUCGCCUUGGCAGAGGAAGUGCCAUCUGGCGGCAAUGUAACUGUGCCGUACUUCAUGUCUCGACUACGGGAUGCGUGCAGCGACGUACGUGUCGUAGGGCUCAACGAGUCUACCACGAACCUUGGGAAUGUUGCGGAUUAUCUGCAUCACAACGAAGCACAUAGUCUUAUCGGGAGUGGAGCUGAAAUGCUGCCCAAGAUGGUCCGAGACUAUUUCAACGGCGGUGCGAUGGAUAGCAUCACUCUUCGCGCCAACCAAGAAGAAUAUCGUCGCUUCUACAUAGUACCAAGGGUUCUACGCGACGUUUCAACUCCCGCGGCUAUGCAACGUAUGGCGCACCCGGACGGCGAGGAGGCCAUGGCAAAGGGGUGCGGCGCGUACGGCGCUGUCAUGGGCCUAAGCAGCUUUAGUACCACCAGCCUUGAAGAUGUCAAGUUCAAGGUUCCUCCUCAUCUGAAAAUGGCCAAUUUCUCUGAUGCCCUUGGGGUGAAGACGGGGUCGGAGCAUCGCACAAACGAGCUCAAUCAUAUCGCAUCGCAUCUGUCCCAAAAGAGUGCUGAAAACACCAAAGCCACUCCGCCAAAUAAAAAUGAUCCAACCCUUACCUGGGACUCGAUUAAGUACCUCAAGAGUUUGACAGCACUCCCGAUCUGGCUCAAGGGAAUUAUGACUGUCGAAGACGCAUUGCUAGCCGUAGAGCAUGGUGCCGAUGGAAUCUUUGUGUCCAACCACGGAGGGCGGCAGCUAGAUCAAGCUCCACCUACACUGCGAGUUUUGCACGAUAUCGCAAGAGCGGUGAAUGGGAGGCUGCGCAUU